CUUCCACCAUCUACCAUUCAACUUCGACCUCAUUGUUUCACUUCAUUGAGUCUACCCAGCCAUGGGAUUUGUGGCGUACAGUCCUCAGCUGAAAGUCAUUGCUAUUCACAAACUCGUAUCUGGACAAUCACCUCAAUCAAUCAACGAAGAGCUCCUUACCACGAUUUCGGACAAGUCCUUUGUGCAAUGGAACGCCUUGUACACUCAUACUCACGCGGUGAUUCGCAACCCGGCUACUUAUGACCGACGAGGCCGCCCAACGCUCUACUCUGACGAAGAUCGAGAGUUCAUGGUUGAACUCAUCAAUAACGAUCCCUGUCUGUUCCUUGACGAGAUUCAAGAAGCCAUGUACGAUCAUACUGAUCUACUGGCUUGUCGACAAACCAUCGCCAACGACUUGAAAGAACGUCUCUUUCUUACCGUUCACAAGGUCGCCAAAGUGGAUCCAAAUCAAUCUUCUGUAUUACAAGCGAGAUUCUCUGCGGCUAUUGCUCAUAUCCCAUCUGAGUACUUGGUAUUCUUAGAUGAGACUGGUUUAAAAUUACCAGAUGUACAACACAAUCACCUUCGGUCCAAGAAAGGCAAACGACCGAAAGCGUUGAAACGGUCGAGACACGGCUCUCACUACAGCAUCUUGGCUGCGAUUUGCGAGAUGGGCUUAUUAGCGGUCAAUGCCAAGCUCAAUGCUUACCGUCGAAACGAAUUCGAAGCAUUCUUGAAACAUGUUUUAUUACCUGUUAUGCAUCCAUAUCCAAAUUGAAAUUCGGUUCUGGUGAUGGAUAAUGCGACUAUCCAUCACCGCGGAUCAAUCGAAGCCUUGUGUGAAGACGCAGGAGUCUUAUUAAUUUAUACUUCGCCUUGCUCACCGGAAUUCAAUCCCAUCGAGCGAGUAUUCGAUAUCUUCAAGGCUUCGCUUCGACGUAAUGGCUUGCUUGCAGUGGCUCAAGACAAGUUGAAAUGUCUCAAGCAAGUUAUGAGUGAUGUUUGCACUAGCAAUUUCAUCAUUAGCUUAUACACGACCUGUGGUUACAGACCACGUAAUCAAGAAUGAAGAGGGGUAUCAAAGUAGAAAACAGUUGAUGUUGAUAAGGGUUUAAAGUAGUCUUACAGAAUAUUAUGAUAAAAAUUAUUUGUUGUUGUAGAUGUCUCUAUGUUGUCUUUGCAAAAGUGAUCAAUGAAAUGAUUUUUGUGUAAUUU